GAGGCCGCCCUGGCAACGGCCGGCGGCGGCAAGAUGGCGGACGAGCUGGACCAGCUACUGGACGAGGUGGAGAGGCGGUUCUGCCGCAUGCCGGACCGGGGGGCCACCGGCGGAGGUCAGAACGGCGACAGGGAGCGGGCGGCGGCGGAGGACAGAUCAGCUAAAACGUUAAUGGGUGCUGGCAGCGAUGAAGAUGAUAUAGAUGACAUUAUUGAUGAAAUCUGUAAUGACAGCAGCAGCUUUGCCAGAACACCUCUGAAAUUGAAGUCUAACUCCCCAAGUGUCACACCUGGAAGCAAUAGCACUGUUGUACAGGCUCAUAGGAAAAGGUGCUGUCCAGUGUACCUGGGUGGAAGCUCUUCACCAAAUGGCAUAGGAACGAAUAUUUCAAAAAGAACGUGUGACCAGCUGCGUUGUACUGCUUGUGACUUCCGUGUAUCGCUUUUCAAUGACUACAUCUGGGAUCAGUCCUGUGAUUAUCUUUUUUUCAGGAAUAACAUGCCUGAGCUCAGCAAACUAAGAGCAAAGAUGAUAAAGAAGAAAGGAUCACGAGCAUAUGCUUGUCAGUGCAGCUGGAGAUCCAUCGAUGAAUUAACUGACCUCCAAGCAGACCAGCAGCUUCGGUAUUGGUGCCAUUUGGGCGACAGUUAUUUCACGUUCUGCGCCGGCAGUGUGAACGUGAUAUAUAUUUAGUUCAAUUCUGGUGAGGAAGGCUGGAAACAAUUAAACUAUGAAAAACGAGAGUGGUAUAAAAGAGUCUACCAAUGCUUCUGAAGAGCAGUGACAUAUAUCUGUGUCGGGGAAUCAAGAAGAGAACGUUCUGGAACCGAACUACUAAGGCAACUUAAGCCAAGGAGAAACCAGGUCCAUCUGCUCAGCACACGGUGGGUUGGGCACAUCUCCCGCUGUGCCUGGGAUCACUGCUGACACAGCUGGCAGCAGCCAGCACCCAGUGCCCAGCCAGGUGCUUCACACACAGCUGCUGGGGUAAGCGAAAAUCCUUCAUCUCUCUGUUUUCGCAGAAGGGUUCCUUUCCCCCCGCAGUACAUUGGAAAUGGCUCCCGAAGCCUGGAGAGUAUUAGUUCUUUAUAAAGGAUGUGUUUGUAAAGCGGAUCAUUUCCAGAUGUCCAGUGGUUUUGCAGACCUUGCAAUAACAAUUUGCUACCAAGAGUUCUCAGCCAGCUCUGGGCAUUUGGUUACCUGGAGUGUUUCUAGCAUCCAUCACAAGGCAAAGGACACCUUUAAGGAGGGGAAAAGCAAACAGCCUAACAGCACCCGACAGUAUCAGCACCUCAUCAGGUCCGCCCCAGCACAUUCUCACUUCAUUGUCCCAUACCUGACAGGCCAUAAAAGAGCAAAACAGCCACUUUCCUUUUCUGUCUGAUGCUGCAAGUUACUCACAUUUCCUGUCCCGCUAUUUCAAGGAUUAAGGUCUCAAAAUGGGAGCCCAUUAACUUGUCUGAAAUGCCAUAUUUUCCUCUCUUCCUACAGCCAUGUCCAAGUGAACUGGAUCAACGCUGCCUGAGAGGCAUCACCAGGGUCAGGGUGCAUCGUGCUGAGCCCAUACAGGUGCCACCAGCAGUGCCCCCUGCUCUGGUGGCUGCUGCAUGCCAUCCGUGGCCAAGGAAAGACAGUGAGGGUUUCUCUGCCUGAAGGAGCAGGAAGGACAUCCCUGUCUCAUGCUACCCAAUGGUUUGGGCUGUAUUUUAGCCCAGAGCAGAUGUACGUGGGAGAAGAGGGUGGGAUCUCAACACUUUUGACAGUCUCCCCUUAACACAUUUACACUUAAACCAUUUUAAAACAUAGCACUGCUUCCCCUAUGCCCUCCCCUGUUGCACUGACCAGCCCUGGGCCUGGGAGGUCACACAGCACAUCUGAGAGGCCCAGGUGAGGAGCUAAGAAAAGUAAAUCUGUUGUCAGCAGCCUUACAUUUGCUUUGCAGGAGUAUGUGCUGCUGCAAGAAAAACUAGUGCUUGCAGAUAGAAUGCAAGAUCUGCAAGCAAGGCCAUGAGCUGGGCAGCAGCUGGCUUUGGCUUUCAAAACCCAGAGGCAAAUUCUUACCGAAAUGCAAAGUAUGUUUGUAGGGAAAUCUUUUCACUCCAACGUAGUCUGACUCAGCACGGGUACGUAGAUUACAGCUCAUUAACACACUCCUGUGCAAAUAUCCUCAUUGAGCUCCUGCCACUGGGUUACAUGGAGGAGCAUGUAAAGGGCCGCAUCCCUGCCAUGGUCCGGGCAGCAUCCUACCAGCUGCCAGCAUUGCUUGUGCUUCCAUGUACAUCGCCUGGGCACAAAGGCAAAGCCAAGGGCUCCAGCAGGGCUUGUAUUUUUGUAAAAGUUUGGGGAAUUUCAGACAUUUGCAUUGCUUGGAGUGUCUGAAAGGAAGAUGAGCUCUCUGUAAAGCAUCAUCUCUUUAAAAACCCUGCAGAUCACAGCCCUAGUGAGGAAAGCACAGAAAGGUAAAGAAACUUAGAAGGAGAAUAAACUACAGCCACAGACUUAAAAGUGUAAAUAAAACAUGGCCCUGGCCCACAGGCUUCUGCUUCUUAUAACCUUGAGAAACUAUCUCCUCUUGAUUUGUAAAUUAAAUCAAUAUGACAGUGUUGGGAAUGUAGCGGUUUCAUCAGCAGCUGAUGCUAAAAUAAGGUCCACGGGCACCGAAAUGUCUCCGCGCUGCUCAGUCUGAAGUGUGGUUAUGCAAUGGGGAUAAGCACAGCAUUUCUUUGGAGCAUUAACCUGAAUUAAAGGAUGAAACGGUCGUGCGGGGAUCAAGGCCCCCUGGUCACCGCCGAGGGCUCCAUCGGUGCUGGUCGGUUCUGCUGCUCGGUAACUGCAAGAAGAGCACAAACAUGGUAACAAACACAGCUGGGCCCCUGCAAGGGGGUUCUCCUCCCCACAGCACCCCACCUUAUGUCUGGGAAACGGCACCGCUACCAUCAGUGUGCUAUCUCUGUGACAACGUGCUGGGUAGGCUUACUGCAAAGGAUGCCCAGCUGGGUGCUGCCACUCGGCACUGAAGGGAAGAGCAGUCCCUGGGUAUCAUCAUUAAGUGUCUCAGAAUUUGAAACUAAGGGAGGAAUGAAAGUCAGAGGUCUCGACCACGAGAUGAAGAUUUUAAGGCUCUCAAAUUCUUGUUCCCUGUUUCCUUGUUUUAAGUAUCCAUGGGCAUUCCUGGCUCCCUGUGAUGCUGACAGUGAUGCAGCUCGAUGCUUUGGGUGAUGUUCAUGUUUAUAACUUAGUAGUGGGACAAACAGGGCUGCAGACACACACGCAAAAGCAGCACUGCCAAUGGCUUCAUGGGGCUUCUGCUCUCAAAGCCAGCUCUCCCUUACAGCAGAAUGCAUCCCUAGCCAAGUGGCGUUAGCCUCUAAUUGCACACCAACAGUCCUCUUUUGCUCCUGAUUAAAGGCAAAAUGAAGGCAGUUGGCUGAUGUAUUCCCCUAUACUGAUUUUGUGUCUGAGCUCUGCAGCAUCCUGUAACUAGGCAUGGCUGCUGGCUCUAGGACAGCUUCCCAGCAGGACCAGUUUGGUGUUUUGCUGGUUACAUCAAACCAGCUAGGGCAGUUUUGUAUCAUUCCUUUAUCUCUGUCCAGGCCUAGGAAGACAGAAAUAAGAACAGUCCUCCUGAUACUCUCCUAGGGAAACCAGUUUAAAAAUCAUACCUUAGGAGCUUAUCUAACUACAGAUUACAUCAGUUCAACAGACUCAAUUAAAUUCAUUUAAGCUUUCACGAAACACUGUGUUCGUACUCUCGCUUGCACUUCAAACGGGUUUAUUGCAUACCUGCCUCUAUCAUCACUUGCUCAGUGACUUUCGGUGUGUGCUUCCUACACCUGCAGGUAGGUCACAAAAAAUGUCUAAGGGAUUUGUCACCCUCUGAGAACAACAUCAGGUCUCCAUUUCUUGUUAUGACAGUUUACAUGGCGGACCCACUCUAAGGUGAAAUGUGGGGUGGUGACAUGCCAUGGGAAAGAGGAGGGCUGAUCAGGGACUUUGUCCCUUUUCAUUUUUAACUCAGAGGGCAGUGAGGCCCUGGCACAGCUGCUCAGAGAAGCUGUGGUGCCCCAUCUCUGGAGCCGUCCAAGGCCAGGUUGGAUGGGGCCCUGGGCAGGCUGAGCUGGUGGGGGGCAGCCCUGCCCAUGGCAGGGGGUUGGAGCUGAGUGGGCUUUAAGGUCCCUUCCAACACAAACCAUUCUGUGAUGCUAUGACUUCGUGAUUUUCUUAAACCACAUUUUCAAAAUUAUAGCAACAUUGUGCGCAUAGUUGGGUGCCAGGUUGGCAGAACUAUUGCAAACAAAGCUGUUCUCCUUAAAGUGCUUAACAUUCAGAAACAAAUAAAGAUACAUUACAGAUAUCGUCUGUCCACUGAAAUGGCCAUUCUCUUACUGCACACUCACCUCUUUUCCAGUUUGACGAAGCCUUUUUUAGGAACACUUUUUGUAGAGGCAAAAAUGUAGGAAAAGGAUCAGGUCAUUGUCUUUAGCUCCUUGUAAAUUCUCGGUGUUGAACUAACUGCUCAGCAACCAUCAUUCCUAGAUACAUCAGUUACUGCUGAAACAAUUGACACGUCAAAUAUUGUUAAGGAAUAUAGGAAAUAAUAGAAGGAAAAAUCUACCAAGGAGAAACUUUAGGAGAGUUGUGUAUAGAUGUCCUUGUGCAUACAUGUCCUUUAGCAAACUGUUAUUUAGCUAGCUCAUAAAAAAGAGACUGGGGCAAGAAGCACAGCUAUUUUUGCAGCUGUGUUACAUCUAUCUAAAGCACGGUGCAAGGGGACCACCUCUCUAAUUGCAAACAUCAACACGCAGAUGUUUCCUCUGGCCAGUGAAAGCAGCUGAGGCUCACAAAGGUGAGCUUCACGGGCUGAUGCUGUCAGAGCAGGGAAGCAUUAAGGCAGCUGGGUGGCUGCUCGCUGACACAGAGCUGAUAUUCUCAGAGCUCCAUCACUGCCACCCCAUGUCACCAACAGGCCUCACUGAGGGAAAGCAGGGAUGCUGUAGCGACAAGCAGUGACAGGGAGGAGCACAGGGCACCAUGAGCAGUAGAGAAGUGAGUAGGAUGCUGAAUGUAAGUCAUAAAGUGAAGGACACAGCACAUAGACGCCUUUGGCAAGAACACAGUAGGUCUCUCCAGGUACGAUGCAGGGAGGGAUGGGGCUGAAGCCAUUUGUGCAGAGGGAGCUACGCAAGCAAGAGAAAAUAUUCAUUCUUUUGGUUUCCUUCCUUACUCAAGAAAACUUUCUGCAUCUUUCAGGUGCAGCUCCUGAAGUUGCUGAUGCGUACCACGAUAAAACCACAUUGCUGGUGGGUGCAGAGGGAAUGCAUGAUGACUUGAGCUGCUGUUUUCUAGGUGAGGACAUGGCCAACAAGAGGCCUUCCCCUGAGCCUGCAAGACAGCGAUCUGAGAGCUAUACUGGGGCACAUGAGGCAUUUCAUGUUGCUUAUUUUGCCUAUGUACUUCAUGCAACACGGUACAGCUUGGCAUUGAUGUGUUUUGCAUGGAUCUCAGGGUCUCUGGGAGCUAAUAUUACUUGGAAUAGGAGAUAUGCUGCAUUUGGAGAGAAGUAAAAUUCUCAGAAGUGCCUUUGACCGAUCACCAAAGUGAAUAUGUACCCAAGAGACCUGAGAACCCAAGUUUAAUAGCAUCCCAUUUGGCUGCCUCAAUGGCCAGGCGAUGAUAUUCAAAAUGGCAGCAGCCUUCCUACUGAGAGCACAAGGCCUUCCCUGUGGCCCAGCAGUGUCCCCUGCCUCCAGCUCCAGCAGGCCUGCACGGUGCCAAUUAGUGCUAAUGCGUGCUUGCUCUCCCAGCUGCUCCCACCUGCCAGCUUGCAACAGGUUAAAAUAAAUGAAUAGGACUUAAAUGAAGGGAAUGUUUGUGAUUCGCAGCCAACUGCCCCAGAGCAGCUAUGACAAGCAGGUUACCUGGCAGCACUCCAUCAAGCUCCCUGUGAUGCCUGUAAACAAAUACCUGUUUGUGCAGCUGCUCUCCCCAGGCAGAAGCCAUGAGAAGCUUCUGUGGGCACAAGCACUGGGAAGGAGUGAGGACACGGUGAACAUGAGGCCGGCCUGCUGUGACAAGGCCCAGCAGGGCUGUCUGGCUGUGACUCAGCCCCAAGCACCACAAGUGGGUUUUCUGGUUCUUCAGGGUGGAGCAAAACCCACCCAGUGCUGCACCCCGUGGACCAAACAGGGCCUGAGGCCCGGAGGGACCCAUAGGCCCUGCUCCACACCCGAGUACACACUCUCAGGGAGCCAGGCGACGACAGGACCUCACUGAUGAACGUGUUGCUGUUCUAAAUCCUGGCAGGCAGCUGUGCAAUACAAGCCUCAGACCCUCAGAGGGAUGCUGCAGGGCUGAUGCUUGGAUAGACACCAGCUUGCCCUUGGAAAUCCCAUGCAGCCAGUCGCCUACCAACACGGCCAAAUCAGACCUGGGUGUUAGGAGCUUUGGUUUGAUUCCCCGCUUGCUUCACCACACCAUCAGAAAACAUGUCCUUAUUAUAAAAAAAAAAAGAGUAAAAGCCAACCACAAGCAUGAUUGCUAUGUUUUAAUGUGAGCAGAGGUUUUUAUCACCCAGCAGUGAGGGCUCCGGAUGGGUCUCUGAAAUGCAGCCAACUUCUCAUUAACCACACUUGGACAUCCCCCCUCCUUCCAGCUCCAUUUAAGGCCCAGUCAUCUUUGUGAGCAGCAGCGUUGAGGAGGAUCAGAUCCCAGCAUAUUUCUGUUUCAGCCAGGAUCUUUACAUGGCUUUCGAGCUGACUGGAGGGGAAAGAGCUCCUCCAGGCUGGAUUUUUGUAUUUGAUAUGAGUGACACCAACGCUUGGUUACACACAAGUGUUGGGACAGAAAGCUGCAUCCCAUAGCCAGCACAGCCAGAGCAGGACCAGUGGUGCUGGCAGGGACACAGAGGACACAGCAGGUGCAUGGCAGAGACUGUAUCAGCACUAGCCCCAGGGGAGACUCUGAACUUACAUGCUGGCAUCUGGCAGCACAAACAGUGCACUCCUUGCCCCCAUGUAAAUGUGAGUAUAGCUCUAUUACAGGCGCACAGCUCUCCUAGGCCUCCCCAAAGGCAGCUCAUGCCCCCUGGGGUGGUACAAAAGAUGCUCUUAAAUUAUUAAGCAAGAAAAGGGGCCUGCUUUGCUUAAAAGGUUCGUGCUUUCAGGCCAUCAUGCCAUUUACUGCGGAAGCCAAAGGAGAGCAGUUGAUGCAAGUAGGUGAGAGCAUGGAGAUGCACCCAGGACAGCAGGAUCUGGCUGUGGAAAGAGCCUUGGAGUCCUCAGAUACACUGUGGCUUAGCCAGGAGAGGCACCCAAGCUAUCAAAUACAGGAUGAAAAACAGGAGCACAGCAAUGCCUUUCUCAGAGCUUCCUUCUCUCAGCAAUUCAAAGAUAAGGAGUCAGCACUACCAAAGAAAGAAUUUGCAUAUAACACAUUCAGGCUCUUUAUUUCACUUUCAGAUCAGGAGCCUUUAGGGUUCAUGUUCUCAGUUUUCCUCCAAAACCACCUGCUGCAUAAUGAAACCUGAUGUUUUGAUGUUGCACUGGGGAGGCAGAGCAGCAGCACUGCUCCAGUGGCCUUCUUCAUGGCCCUAGUGCUGAGCCAGCAAGAAAAUGCUGGAGGGCUGCUGGAGCAAACUCAGCAUGCCUACCGCUCCACUGGAAGGAAACCAACAGCACCAUCCGCCCACCUGCUUGGGCAGGGGCUGCUCUGUGGGUUGAAACACCCUGUAGACUACUUGCCAGUGCAAAGUGCACACUGUUCGGGUGACAGGGGCUCCACGCGAUGAUCCAUAGUUGAUCUUCUGGCCAAGGAAAGAGCAUCAUGAGCAGGGAGUCCCUACCACCAGGCUCCUCUUCCUCCUCACACCGUGCUCUGCUCAGGGUGUCUGCUCAGUUGGAUCGUGUGCCUCCUCCCUGAUUGCCUCCCAUAGUAUGGCUCUUGAUAACUAGCCGUGCACACAGCAGGGGAAGCGUUCAAAUGCCUCACAGCAAGAUUACAGAUCAAAUGUCUGCUGUAUCUUCAGUUUUUUUUUUCUUUCCCUUCUAAAAACAAAAACCCACACUUGCAACCUGCAGGAAAACGACUGCUCACUUUGCACUUCCCUCGCAUCAUCAGAUAAUUGACUACAAGUUCCGUGCCUUACACAAAACAGGGGAGCCAGAUACUUUGCAGCGUGCCACAGUGACACUGGGCAAGGUGCUGGGUGCCUGCUGGAGCCUGGUUCCCCUCCCACGAUGGCUUUGGGCCUUUCCUCCAUGCCACACACUGCUGUGCCAGCACACGCUGCCCGUGCUCCAAAGAAGCCAAUGGUACACUAGGCUGUGUUAGGCCACAUGUUGCCAUUAGCUCAAAGGAGGUGAUCCCUCUCCUCUGCUCAGCACUGGUGAGGCCACACCUGGAGUGCUGGGUCCAGUUCUGGAGUUCCCAGUACAAGAGAGACGUGGACAUGCUGGAGAGCCCAGCAGAGGGCCACAGAAAUGAUGAAGGGGUUUUGGAGACCAGAAGCUGCACCUUGCAUCCACCACAGGAACAGCCCUGACCCCUCUUCUCCUUUCCACCACCACUCCUUUCCCUGUGGUUUCCUGCAGCUCCAGCACAGGUACUUACAUGGACUAUAGCAGGAAAUUCCCAUCUGCCACGUUACUUCAUAUUUUAAACAAAACUCUGGUCCAGCUACCAGGCACCCAGCAAAAUGUGCCUGCAAGUCUGCUUUGGCAUCUGUGUAUGUAAACAGAGUCCCAGUUGCUUAGCCACUGAUGGGUGUGCUUUAAGCUGUCACACUGCAUUCUCCCCAUCUCCCACUGCUCACAAAACCCAGCUCUCAGCAUCCAGAGCUGCAGCCCCUGACGCUCAUCGGCUGCAGGGAAAGCAGACAGCAGGAAGGAGCACACCAACCCUGCCCCAAACGUGUUGUUCCUCUGUGACUCACUUUCCUUUUUCCUUGAUCUGAGGUUUUUCCUUUGAAACCCAUUGCAGGAGGCAGGUUCAGACACCUCAUAGAGUGAAGUAACAGAGGAGCCUUUAUCGAGCAGGGAUGCACAACAACGUCUAUAACAACAAGGGUGUUGCCUUAUGGAGGCAUUACAACCACGUGCUUUCUCUGCAUGGUAAACACAGAAUGAUUUAACACUGAAGUACCCCAUGGGGCAUUGCCUGAAGUGCUCUGAGCAUCAGGGACAGGCACAUACAACACUGAGCAGGAGCCCUAUCCUGCUGCAGCACAGAGCAGUGCUGGCAGCAGCUGUGCUGCUUUAGGGGUAGGUGAGCCCAUGGCUGGUGAUGCCCAGGGCAGUGUGACAGCUGGGGUGAUACCACUACAGGUGUCAGCCCACAACAAGAGGUUUAAAGCAUGAACGAUGGGAAGGAGCAAUGCAAAGCAACACGCUGUGCUGGCAUUCCAAACCUAGGCAAAUGUCAGCACUUAUGCUAGGGAACAGAAAAUAAAGUGUUGAGGCAGGAGGACAGUUCUCCUCCCCUGAAAGAACUGUGUAUGGGUGAAAAU